GAAGGCGGGUCCACGUUCACACGCCCCGCGACAUGUGGCCAAUGUGUGUAUUUAUAGUGAGCGUUAGAAGGGCAACAAUGAACCAGAAACUCAAAAACAAAGACAAAGAGGCAGAGGGAGAGGAGGGAGAGUUGAGCCUGAUCGGAAAUGGGUGGUUGGGCGAUUGCCGUGCACGGCGGAGCCGGAGUGGACCCUAAUCUUUCCGUGGAGCGCCAACAAGAAGCCAAGGCACUGCUCACUCGUUGCCUCGAUCUCGGCAUAUCCGCCCUCCGGUCGGGUCUCCCUGCCCUCGAUGUCGUCGAGCUCGUCGUGCGUGAAUUGGAAACGGACCCACUGUUCAACUCCGGCCGUGGAUCUGCUCUGACGGAGAAAGGGACGGUGGAAAUGGAGGCGAGCAUCAUGGACGGGAACGGCAGGCGAUGCGGCGCCGUAUCGGGGCUGACAAGAGUGAAGAACCCCAUCUCUCUCGCCCGCCUCGUGAUGGAGAAGUCGCCGCACUCUUAUUUGGGGUUUUCCGGCGCCGAGGAAUUCGCCAAGCAACAGGGAGUGGAAAUGGUAGAGAAUGAUUACUUCGUGACCGAGGAAAAUAAGGAGAUGUUGAAGCUCGCAAAGGAAGCCAAAACCAUUGUGUUUGAUUACAGAAUUCCACUAAAAACAAUGAGCGAUGUGGCAGCGGAGAGCCCAAUCCAGAUGAACGGGCUUCCGAUAAGCAUUUACGCGCAGGAAACAGUAGGAUGCGUGGUGGUGGAUGGCGAGGGGAGAUGUGCCGCCGCCACAUCAACUGGCGGGCUAAUGAACAAGAUGACUGGAAGAAUCGGUGACACACCGAUCAUCGGCGCCGGGACUUACGCGUGUGAAGUCUGCGCUGUGUCUUGCACCGGGGAGGGGGAGGCAAUCCUGCGUGGGACCCUUGCUCGUGAUGUGGCAGCGCUAAUGGAGUACAAAGAGUUGGGCCUCCAAGAAGCAGUGGACUAUGUGAUCCAGAAGAGACUGGACCAGGGACAGGCUGGGCUUAUUGCAGUGUCCAAUAAGGGAGAGGUGGCCUAUGGUUUCAAUUGUGUUGGGAUGUUUCGGGGAUGUGCUAGUGAAGAUGGGUUCAUGGAAGUCGGGAUUUGGGAGUAAUAAAUACUUUUUUGAUCGGAUUUAUUCCUCACUUUUGUGGAUGGUGAUUUGAUCAAUUAAUAAAACUUAAGACCUUUUGUUGUUAUAUUUUGCCUAUUAUUUCUGUAAUCUCUUUAGCUUGUAGUUGUUGAAUAGUUGGCAAGUUUAAAUAUUGUAUUUCCUCUAUGUCAUUUCAAAGUUCUAAUACAUUACUCUCAUAUUCAACUUAACUAUAUUAAAUUCUAAUUUCAUAUUUGAUGGAGUAUAUG